AUGGACUCGACCUUCCAGGACAGCCCUACCAUCGGGAGAACAGUGCGCUACACGGCCAAUAGCCCGUUGCCAACUCGGCCGGACGCCGCAAGCUCGAGGUCGAGACGGGUACCCGCAAGCCCACUCUCUACAGACUCGUCCUUCCCUGAUUCUUCUGCUGCUGUCCCACGAAUCGUCACCACCGCGGCCCCAGAAGACGAUUUUUCGCAGCCGUCCGAGAAGACGUACUUCGACAGCGAUUCCUCAGGGAGCACCACCCCCGAGGCGACAAGUACUGGGUGCGUCUCCGGCGAGGAUCCGUUCUCAUCCCUUGUCGCCCGUGUGGCGGACGCGCGUGCGCUGACAGUUCGUGUACUAGACCGGCGCCGUCUCCCAACUCGCCCCGUUUUCCGAAUGAGCCUCCAGAAGACAGCCCAGGACGGCACCGUUGGGCCGAACGAAAUCGCGAACCUGGUUAAGACGGCCGGCAGCCCCGAGGCAGUCAUUCAAUAUUUACUCAAAGAAAAGCAGUCGCAGUCUCAGCAAAAUGCGCAGCUCUGGAGGCUCGUGGACAAGCAGAGAGCCAUGAUCCUAGGUCUCAAUAAGGAUCUUGAGCGGGCGUUGAAAGAUAAAGAAAAAUAUAGAAAGAAGUUGAAGGAGGUGUUGGAAGGGUCCGAAGCGCCGCUGGCACUACAAUUUCGGCGUCAAGCGGCCAAGAGGCCGAGCGAACAUGCACUGGACCGGUUCGACCACGAAGAGGAGGAGCGCGAGGCGGAGGUUGCAUCGAGGCGGUUGGAAGAGUCGAAGGAGAUUCCGAUCAUGAUGAACGUCCCCGCCUCCCGUACUGCACCGCGCGAACCGCCUCGGAUGCCGCCGCCGCAGCCCCCUGUCGGGCUACCAGAACGGUCGCCGAGGCCCGACGAUGGUGCUUCCAAGUUCCCUCCACCCGCUGCGCCGCCGCCGCGAAAGCCUCCUCCAGCCCCUCUCCACCUGAAGAACGCGAAAAAGCAGCCGAAGCCCGCGGCGUCGAAGCCGAAACAGAAGUCCAGGCCGGAUGUCGCGGACGAGGACCCGGAGACGGAUACCGACUACGACCAUAUCCUCGAGGUAGACGAAUUGAAGCCCGACGACCGCAGAGGGCGAAGAAGGACACGAGAGGAGGACGAGCGGGAGCGUGAGAUCUUGGCCAGAAAAGAGGCAGAGUUUCGCAGCUUGUCGAAAAAGAGCAAGCAGAGCAGCAGUCGGAAGACAACGGACAAGGCCGAGGCGCCUACGAACGAGAUGCCUGCCACCCCCAGGCUAGUCCAGACCACCAAACUGCUCCCGCCACGGGAGCCAGCGUCCCUUGCGGGGGUCCUGAACGGCGCGCCCGACUCUCGACCCAUGCCUUCGGCGUUGCUGAGCCCCGGCCUCCCUUCGAGCCCUAGGCCUACCCAGCUGACGUCCCCGGUCAACUCCCCUCCGCUCUCCCCUCUGGGCUUUCCCAGUGUACCGCUGUCCCCCCGGCCACCGCGGGCGCCUAUUCCGUUACCGCCCAACACGCCUCUUUUGACACCUUCUCCUGCCGGAGAUCCAUUGGUGCUGAAGUCGCCCAGGCCACUGAAUAUUGUCAAGCAGGAAGACCAAGGGUAUGGGACACCGAGCCCUACCAAAUCUAGCACCGACAGUCCUGUAGAGCGGACCAAGGUUUUCAAGGGCUUCGUUACCGAGGAGUACCCCGACCUGCUCCUCCCCCCUAACGCGCUUCCGUCCAUCGACAUUCGGGUUGCGUCGUCUCGUAUGAAGCCUUCCAGGGCCAGCCUAAUUUCGUUAACGCAGUUGGAGGAAGACCCGGUCUUCACUCUGGCGAUUUACUCGAGAGCAGACGGCGGAGAACUUUGGCGAAUCGAGAAGGACUCGGCGUCGCUCGCUAAGCUGGAUCAACGGUUGAAACAGUGCCCUGCUUUCACUGCGAGGACGCCCGAUCGGUCGCUUUUCAGUGGCCAUGCACCGGCAAAACUUGAUGCCCGGCGCAUUGCCCUCAACCAAUACCUGGACGAGCUGUUGAAUACCCCCUUAGACAAUGCCACAGCGCUCGAGCUUUGCAAGUACCUGUCUACCGGCACGUUGCCGCCUAACGCAGACGAGAUUGGAGGCUCCACUGGCGAGAACAACGCCGAGUCACAGAGAGUCGGGCCCGGCGGCCGGCCGUUCCGCAACGGCUAUCUCACGAAGCGAGGCAAGAACUUUGGAGGCUGGAAGGCGCGGUACUUUGUCCUUGACGGCCCCCUCUUGAAGUAUUACGAGACUCCCGGAGGGGCACAUCUCGGUACCAUCAAGCUCCAAAAGGCACAGAUCGGCAAGCAGGCCCACCACACCAACGACGGCACGCCGGCCCAGGGCACCCCUGCGGAGGAGGGCGAUAACCAGUAUCGCCAUGCCUUCCUGAUCUUGGAACCCAAGAAGAAGGAUCCGAAUAGCGUGACGAAGCACGUGCUGUGUGCGGAGAGCGACAAAGAGCGUGAUCUGUGGGUUGAAGCCUUGCUCCGCUGGAUAGACUACCGCGAUCCGGACGACGAGGAACACGCCAAGAAGGAACACGCCCACGAGCGGGGCGGUGACCGCGGUAAUGGGAAGAAGAAGGCGGCGCAUGCCCAGGCAAAAUUGCAGCAAUCGCAGCAGGGCGCCGCAGUAGAUGAGAAUUUGAUCGGGGUCAGUUACGAGGCCACCAAGCAAGGCGACGUCCCGCAUCAAGGGGGCGCAGCGAAGGGGAAGCCAUACGGGCAGCUAGAUCAUGAGUCGACGCACAGCCAGUCAACGACAUCUUCUUACACCAUCUCGGCACCUCGCGACCCACAAGUGAUAUCGCACACGGAGUCGUGGGGCAGCAAGCUCGGCAUGGGUCUCACGCCGCCAACGCAGGAAGAGAAGAAGGCCAGGAAGCGCAGCUUUUUCGGUUUCGGUCCGAAGACGAGGACGUCGAGCGACGGCCAGGACUCACUUUUUGGGAGCGAAGGCGGGAACUCUCAGCCGACGGGCGGGUACCACGGACCUAUUCGGCAAGCCUUUGGUGCUACGCUGGCGGAGGCUGUCCGAUACAAUGCCCCGGUGGACGUUAGGGUUCCGCUUCCUGCCGUCGUCUACCGGUGCAUCCAGUAUCUCGACACCAAAAAUGCCAUCUUUGAGGAGGGCAUCUUCCGCCUGAGCGGGUCGAACCUGGUCAUUAAGCAACUCAGGGAACGGUUCAACGUUGAGGGAGACAUCAACCUGCUCACCGACGAGCAGUACUACGACAUCCACGCCAUCGCCUCAUUGCUUAAGAUGUAUCUCCGCGAGCUGCCGAGCACGAUCCUCACCAAUGACCUGCGCACACAGUUUAUCGCUGUUACGGAGAUGACCAACCAAAAAGAGAAGAUGGCUGCCCUUGCCGAGCUUGUCGAGCGUCUCCCACAGGCAAACGCAGCGCUCCUCAAGUAUCUGAUCUCAUUCCUGAUCAAGAUUAUCGACCACUCGGACGUGAACAAGAUGACGGUACGGAAUGUUGGCAUCGUAUUUUCGCCGACGCUCAACAUCCCGGCGCCAGUGUUCGCCAUGUUCCUGCAGAACUACGAGGUCAUCUUCGGGAUCGAUCCGUCCGAGUACGAGCUGCCCAUGACUGAGCCCGAGUACACGCAAGAACGCCGUCCUUCGCUACCUGCGUCGUUUCAAGAGCGCCGACCCUCGGAUGGGCGGCCAUCCACCUCACACAGCGAUUCCCCCCAUAGGCAACGCCUGAUGGAGUCGCUCGAAGCGCACGGGAACCGGAGCACGCCGACCCCGCCGCCGAUGUCGAUGCAGCAGAUGGCGCAGAUGAACGCGGCUACUCUUCACUCGAGGAGCACCCCCACCCCGCCUCCCCAGCGGCAAAUGAACCACGAGAUGGGCGGCGGGCACCACCCUUCGAUGAGGCCUGCGUACGAAGGUGGCUUCGAUCCCAGCCAAGCACAUUCGGGACACAGGGCAAGUCCCGGGUACGAUAGACCGACGUACGAAAACGGGCUGGCGCCGGCGCCCUAUGAGCAGCCGUACCGCAGCCGACGCGAAAGCGCCAUGUUUAUGGGUUCGCUGAGCCAGCAGCCGUCCAAAAGCCGGUUGCGUGAGGAAGCCCAUUCGUUGGGUUACUUGGUCACAUGUCUGGUCCAAUCUGUAAAUGUUGACCAUUCCUCGACACCACCCGCGGUUCCGGGUCGAGACAUCGCCUCCAAAUCGCAACAGCCAUUCAUGCCGUCAUGGGGACCAUCGGACACAUCCCAUCAGCCAUCGGCGCAGGCACACGCGCAUCAACAAAACGCGCGCGCCAUUGCCCAGAACCGUGAUCCCAUGACGGCCACCUUCUCGCCCCAAACCCCCAACUCCUCCACCACCACCGCCCCGACCCCGUCCACCUUGGACCACCACAGCACCACCGCCGGCAGCCGCCACCCCUCCACCGCGACACCCCCCACCCAAAAUCACCACUACCCCGGCGGCCCCGGCGGCGGCCCGGGCGCCAGCAGCAACAACGGCAGACCCUACGCGCCCCCCGAUUACGACCACGACCGCGACCACGAGUCUCCCUCAGACCCAAACCGCUCCCCCUCCCCCGACCACUCCCCCGACGCGGAGCAAGACCAAGACCAAGACCAAGACCGCGCCGCGGGAGGCGGCCUCAACAACCCAACAGACCCAAAAAAGCCCGGUGCCUGUGAGUCAUGCCGCGGCCUCAAAGUUCGCUGCGACCCGGACCCGGCCAACCCGGACGGGUCCUGCCGGCGGUGCGCCAAGGGCAAGCGGUCCAGCGUCGUCACCCAGCGUACGCGCAAGCGCCAGAAGAAGACGGAUAGCAGGGUCGCGGAGCUGGAGAAGAAGAUUGAAAAACCAACGGCCAGUCUGGUGGCGACGAGGGGGGCCGUUGGGGGGGUGGGUGCUGUGGUUUCGGGGGGGACGGGGUUGGCUGGUGGUGGUAGUUCUGGUGGUGGUGAUGGUGGUGUGUCGGGUUUGGGAGGGGUGGGAGUUGGGGGUGGUGGUGGGGCUGGCCCCGGGCAGAGAGGGAGUUGGGAUAGGGAGGCCGAAGUCCUGGACCGCUACAAUGUCCACAUGUGCCCACACCUACCGGGGGUGGUGCUGCCCCCCGACUUGACGGCCGCCGAAUUGAGGAAGACCAAGCCGGUUCUGUUCCUGGCUGUUAUGGCUGGGGCGGCGUCCGAGCUGCCCAACCUACAACGGGUGUUGACCAGGGAGUUGAUGCAGCAGUUUGCCGACAAGAUCAUCAUCCGCGGUAACAAGAGCCUCGAGCUGGUGCAGGCCAUUACGGUCGCUGUCAUCUGGUACUGGCCGCCUGAGCGGUUUGAAGAGCUCAAAUUCUACCAGCUGGUUCAUGUCGCUGCCGUUAUGGCAAUCGAGAUUGGUCUCGGGAGGAAAAAGGCUGCGAAGGGUGGGUUCAGGAAACACAUCGCCCAUGCCUGGCGCGACCAUCCGCUCCGCAAACAGUCUCCGCCCGAUCCGACUACUACCGAAGCCCGCCGGGCCUGGCUGACGUGCUACUUCAUGGCGACUAACACUGCCAUGGCGUUGCACCGUCCCAGCUUGAUCCGUUGGACACCAUUUGUUGCCGAGUGCAUGGAGGCCCUAGAGACUGCGCACGACGCGGCUCCGACAGACAAAUACCUGUGCCAUCUCGUGUGGUCACACAAGGUAGCGGAGGAUAUCGGCAUCCAAUUCUCCAUGGACGAGCCCUCGUCGACGCCGAACCUCGCCGAGGCCAGAACCCAACAUGCGCUUAAGGGGUUUGAGCGAGAGCUUGAAAAAUACAGCAAUUCAGUCCCGAAAGAGCUACGAAAGCCAUCUCUUCAAAUGAGCUUCCACGUUAUCAGCCUCUACAUGCACGAAGUAGCCACCCACAACGACGCCGCCGAUGACUGCAAACUACACCCCAGCGAGACGCAGCUCGGGAUGGACGGCACGCUGUCGGUCGCGCAUAUUAACGCUCUAUCGGCUUGCCUCACGGCUAUCAACGGCAUCUUUGAUCUGUUCUUGUCACUUGACGUCCACACCAUCCGCUGCCUUCCAGUGUUCAACUUCGUGCGGGUCGCCUACGCAGUCGUCGUCCUAAUCAAGCUUUAUUUUGCGGCGUCGUCACCCAAGAGCGACUUGGGGAAAGUCAUAGACAAGGACGAUAUGAAGGUUGAACUGCAUCUCGACCGUCUGCUUGAACAGUUCCGGGCGACGGCCGCUGGAGAUAGGAGCCGGCCAGCGGCCAAGUUCCUCGUGGUGCUCGUCAUGAUCCGGUCGUGGUUCCACAAACAGAAGCUGAACCAAAACGGGCGGAGCGCAGAGACGAAUACCUCCACCGCAGAAGCCCCUUUGCCCCCCCACUCGCGCCCGAGCGUCGCGGAACGGAGCAACGCUGCUCCCAUCUCCCAACCACCUCAACAACAACAGCAACAGCAACAGCAACAGCAACCGCAACCGCAACCGCAACCGCAACAGCAACAACAAGAUUACCCACCCACGGCCAGCACAGGGCUACAACUCCUCUCCGAAAUAGCCACCAACAAAUCGGCCAGCGGUCCCCGCCCCUCCACCACCUCCCACUUCUCGCUUCCCAGCUCUACCCCCCUCACAAGCAGCACCCCCACCGGGCCCUGGCUUAGCCGCCCGCAGCUCAUGUACGACCCCACCAACACCUCGUCACCCAGCUCGGGCCCGUCCACGGCCGAUAACACCGCCGGCGGUCCCGGGUCCUUUAUGGUCGGCGUCCCGCCUCAGCCGGGCCCCAACAUGGCGGCGAACCUCUCCCUCCCGUGGCUGAACAGCGCGUUUUCAAGCGUCGAUCCCGAGUAUGAAUAUGCUACGUUUGGCGACGGGUUUGCCCAGGCCAUGGACUGGACGCUGGGCGGGUUUGGGGAGAGCGCCGUCAGGAAUAUGAUGCAGGACUCCGGGCCGGACCAGACGGCUUGGUUCCCGCCGAUGGGCGAGGGCUUGGAUGCGAUGGAUGGUGGGGGUGCGGCGGGUGGCGGGUUUGGGUUUUGA